AUGACUGAAAAAGAUGACAAUCUUGUGCCUAAAGCAUUGUCGCUAAAGCUACAGGAUCCAGGUAAGUUCUCUAUAACUUGUACUAUUGGUGGAAUGGAGAUCCCACGUGCCUUGUGCGAUUUGGGUUCGAGUAUAAAUGUGAUACCACCGGAUAAAGUUAAAGAGUGUGACUUAGGAGAGAUAAUACCAAGCAAUAUUACUCUUGCAUUAGUUUAUUCAUCUGUUACUCACACGAUUGGUGUUAUACAAGAUAUGUUAGUGCAUGUCGACGAUUUAGUAUUUCCGGAAGAUUUUAUGGUAUUGGACAUGAAAGGAAACUCUGAAGACUUAGUAAUUCUUUGA